CUGGAGACUGCGAAAGGUAUGUUAAACUAACAUCUUUUUACUUAUCAUAACCAACUAAUUUCCAGGCGCCGCUCUUGCUGCCAUAUGUGAUGCUCAACGCCGAAGAAAGAAGUGAGUAUUUUACGUUUCAGAAAGAGAACGUUUUUAAGAAAUCUGCAGAAAUCUUUUUAAAUUUUGCGAGAUUUUCACCUCUCAGAAUCAUUUCAAUGUUUGUUAAUGUUGAUUGCUUUCUCUCCAUCAUAAUUUUUGCUCUACUCUAUUCGAGAAAACAGUACUUUUCGAAAAAUUCAGAGUUUUUCAACUGCGUCUUUCAACUGUAUCAAUCUUAUUCAGAUGCAUUUGUUUUUCGGGUUUCUCUCGCGCGUUUCUAACUGACUGAAUACUUCAACGUUCAAAGUAAUUUUCUUUCAGCCAGCCAGUCGCGGAAGUAUCCGAAAUGAAGAGGCGACGAAUCUGGAAUGAGGAUGCAACAAACCGCUCGCGCUUUUGGAAGAUGAUGUAAGUUUUUUUUAACUCAAAGAUAACUUUAAAAGCCAAGAAACCGCUUUGAAAUUGUUCAAUUGUACAAUGCCUGGAGAACAUGCCCUAUAACCACAUUUCCUGUAAAUGUUUACUUACAACCCUGGAUUUUAGUGGUAGUUAUAGGCCAUGUUCUCCGCGUAUUGUACAUAACUUGUAAAAAAAUAAAUUGUAAGCUAUUUAACUUUAUUCUAUCUAAUUCUCUGACUUACUUCUGAUAAAUAUUGGGCCAAAAAUUAAUAAGCUAUUAUUUUUUUAUUUUUAGAUGCUUGAAUUCAAAAUAAAUCCAAAGACAACGCGAAAAAGUCAAAAUUUUUCAAAUAGUGAUUCAAAGUUAUUUAGGUGCCAACUCAAUCGGCAACAAUUACGAUACUGGAGCAUCCAACAUCUCGGUAAUUUUAAUUUUAUGUUUUGUUUAUUUUUUCAAUAAUAAAUAUAAUGAAAUCACUAUCCUUCAUAAUGUGGUUACUCGGCGUCUCCGAAAUCCCGAUUUCCGGGUUCACCAGAAAAAAAAGAAUCCAAAUUAUUGUUCAACAGAGCAAUUUUGCUGCAUCUGGAUGGAAAAUUAGAGUGCUGCAAAAAAGCAUUUAUGUGCACGAUUGCGUUAUGGUGUUUGCGGUUUCGCGUUUUUUUUUUGGUUUUGGCUUUUUACUGGAAGAAGUUGUCUCGAGCUAAUUUAUGUUCUCGGAGUAAAAAUCCCGAGUAAACCUCUACAAAUCUGUGCACCAAGUGAACAGAUGAUUAUGCCCGAUGGUGAAUGAAUAAGUUAAAGCAUAAGCGCCCUUGGUCCACUAGUAUAUUUAAAUUAUGGCACGUGCGCACAAAAAUAGAAAAUUUAUUGAAUUUGUUUACUUUUACAACGACACUCCGCUUGCCCGCUGUUUAGCGCAACACGAGAAAAUUUUCAUUUUUCGUUUUUUUUUCGCUGGGUUUUCAGGUUUCCGGGGAAAAUUGGUGGAUUUCAGUCAAAAAUUGAAUUUUUAGAUUUCUACAAGACUAGAAUUAUCGCUUCCAACAGAAAAUUCGGGGAUUAUCGAAGAAAUGUGGGUUUUUUCUAGAGAAACACUGUUUCGAUUGAAAUUUUUGAGUUUUCAGGGUAAAAAAUGAUAUCAAAUGUGAUUGGUUGAAUUUGAAGCGAUAUUCGAUGGGAAUUUGA